AUAUAUCCAUUAAUUACACUUCGUAUCGUGAUGCAAGAUCCGAGGACCCUACAACGCGAUCGCCCAGAUACUCACUCGCCCGAAUCAUGGGAAUGCUCAAGCCACUGUUGGCUUUCAGUUGAGCAUAUUGCAAUAUCUGACCUUAAACGACAAUGCUACUUUAGAUGUAUAGGCAAGAAGCCUACUUAA